AUGUCCACCGCUUCUGUAGCAGUAGUUCACUCUUCAUUCACACCAAAAUGUUCUUUUGAAUAUACGAUCACUGAUUGGAAAAAAUAUUCGACGCCUUGCUACAGUCCUCCUUUUGGCACUUUUUAUGACUUGUUUUGGCAACUGAAAUUUGUCUCGACUGCACAUGAUUAUCCCAGGCAGUGUUCAGUUUAUUUAUGGGCGGUGGCAAAUUCUGAAGAAGAAGGUCUCGAGAUUACUUGGUCAAGACGUGCAACGGUAAAAGCUAGAUUAUAUCUCAAGAAUCCAAUAACAAAUCUUGAAAUACGUGGACGAACACUUUCGAGAAUGGACGAAUUCUCAGCUAAAUGGCCUGGUCGUGGAUUUAAUGCUUUCUGCUCAAAAACUGAGCUUCCUGAUGGUGAUGUAAUAAUUGGAGUGCAAUUCUCAGAGAAUGAAAUGAAAUCUCAAGCCAUGCAAAUACCACUUCCUAUCAAUCCACUACCCAAAAAUUUGAUCGAUGCCUGGGCAUCACAAUUGGAAAAACCGGAAAUGUCAAAUAUUCGCUUUGAUGUCAAAGGCACAAUGUUAUAUGCAAACAGUGACAUACUCUCGCAAAGAUCAGAAUACUUUCAAAUGUUAAUACAAGAGCAAUGGGCGGAAUGUAAAGCCAGCUAUUCACGACCUCUUUCCUCGCCAACAUUUAUGCCGUUACGACCUUUAUCACAAAAUUUUUCCUGUACUACCCAAAAAUCCGAGAUUCAGCAGCAUCUUUUCCAGUAUAAUGUUCGAAUUCCGGAUUUCGAGCCAGAGACAUUUGCCGAAAUGCUUCGUUACUUGUAUACGAACGAAGUGAAAUUCAGCAUCACUGGGUCAAAAACAGAUCCACUCUCAAUGUUUUGCAUUGCAGACAAAUAUCUGAUAACGGAGUUGCGACAACGUGCCAAAGUUGCUGCUAUAAAAGAAAUUAAUAUUGAGAAUGUUGCUGAGGGAUUAUUCAAUAUCGCUUGGAAAUAUCCAGAAUUAAAAGAUUGCUUUAUGAGAAUGAUUUUAGAAAAUUUUCCGGCUGUUCGAAAAACUGCAGGGUUUAUUAAAAUAAUGGCUAGUCCUUCGAUUUAUGAGAAUUUCACCGAACUAAUUCUUGAAAUUCUUGAAUCACUUUCUCCUUCAGCCGUAGAUUUGGAAAAAAGUGAUAAUUAA